GCGAGUUACGAAGUCAAAUUUGGAGAGGGAGGGAGAAAGGGGAGAGAGAGGGAGUAGACGAAAAAAGUGUACAUUAUGCGUUGCCAGAAACUACACGCGAAGAACACGGGGUAGGCUUGAUAUAAAUCAGAGUCGUGUUUUGCUUUAGGAGGGGAAGAGAAGAAAUCGAAAUCGUAGAGAAGUGUUUCUACAGCUACAAGAAACGUUCUGUCAACGUUGUGACAUUUAUUUUUCAUAAGAAAAAGAGCUGAAAGCAGCAAUGGCGCCCUCUCUCCUCCAGGCCUAUAGUAGGCGCUGGUGGAUGGCUGUGACGGCAGUGUUGGAGAACCUGCUGUGUUCUGCCGUGCUGCUGGGAUGGGGCUCCCUCCUCCUCAUGCUGAAGGGCGAGGGUUUCUACUCACACCUCUGCUCAGAGAACGACACGAUGGCCCACUUGCUGGCGAUGGGCAACCUGACUUCCUGGGAGAGUGGUAUCUGGGUGAGCUGUGUGGACCAGGAGGAAAUGCUCAACCUGGGCUUCACCAUCGGCUCCUUCCUCCUCAGCGCUGCCACCCUGCCCCUGGGCAUCCUCAUGGACAAGUACGGCCCGCGCCCACUACGCCUCCUCGGAAGUUUUUGUUUUGGUCUCUCUUGUGCCAUGAUGUCAAUAUCAGCGUACGAUCCUCAUCAGCUCUCUGCUCUCAUCUUUCUGGCCCUCUCCUUCAACGGCUUCGGAGGAAUCUGCUUGACCUUCACCUCCCUUACGAUACCCAACAUGUUUGGCAGUCGGACCUCUACCAUCAUGUCUUUCAUGAUUGGCUCCUACGCCUCAUCUGCCGUCACCUUCCCGGGAGUCAGGCUGAUCUAUGAUGCGGGCGUGUCGUUCCGGGUGAUUAUGUGGGUGUGGUCGGGUCUAGCAGGCUUCGUCUUCCUCAACUGUUUCUUCAACUGGCCAGUGGAGGCCUUGCCCACGCCGGACGAGGUCGACUACAUUAAGAAGUUAGCAUUGACUGAUGUGUCUGGAGACCAUAAGGGGGUGGGGGAGAGUUUGAGUCAGAAGAAUGGAGACCUGAAACACUCCACUGAGAAACUCCCAGCCGUAACACAGAACACCAUUCCAUUCCGUAGGUCCGUGUUCUCGCCCAUCUUCCUGUGGAGUCUAGUUACCAUGGGGAUGACCCAGCUCAGGAUCAUUUUCUAUAUGGGUGCCAUGAACAAGAUGCUGGAGUUCCUCGUCACCCACGGCAACCCUUACUCCUCUGUUUUGAUCGUCGAGGCAGAGGAGAAAGUGAGUUUCUACUCGUCCAUCUUCGGCAGCCUGCAGCUGCUCUGUCUGGUCACCUGUCCUCUGAUUGGCUACAUUAUGGACUGGAGGAUGAAGGACUGUGUGGACGAGACCAGAAAAGACACAGAGACAGAGAAGAGGCCAGCAGACGGGCUGACGAGAGACAAAAAGAUCCAGAAAAUCACUAAUGCCAUGAGAGCCUUCAUCUUCACCAAUCUGCUACUGCUGGUGUUCGGAGUGUGCUGUCUGAUAGACAACCUGCGGCUCCAGAUCCUGACCUUCAUCCUCCACACCAUUGUCAGAGGUUUCAUCCACUCCUGUAGUGGAGGCCUUUAUGCUGCUGUAUACCCCUCUAACCACUUUGGAACUCUGAUUGGGCUGCAGUCGAUGAUCAGUGCUGUGAUCGCCCUGCUGCAGCAGCCUCUCUUCAUCGUCAUGGUGGGAUCCCUGCACGGAGAUCCCUACUGGAUCAACCUGGGCAUGAUCCUCUUCUCAUUGGCUGGCUUUUUGUUGCCUGGAUACCUUUUCUACCAUCGCAGACACCUGAUCCAGGAGAAGGAGGCUCAGGACAAGAAUGCCACUGGCCAGGAGAGAGAGGCUCUCAACCACUCAGAAAUCAACGGCCUCAAACACCGUAGCAAUGGUCACAGCAUCCAGUAAGCGUAGGAAGUGGUUCUGGAGCAAUGCUAAGGAUUCUUGGAACUGUAGGAUUAUUUGUAUCAAUGUUCAUGGUAUCCACCAAAUCACUAACCACAAUAUCGUCAAGUAAAUGUUAUUUUUUUGCAUUGUUAGCAUUAUUAAUGUUGCUGUUUUUGUUGCCUCAUGGCUUCAUUCAAUCUGUAUCGUGGAAGUUCAACGCCUAAGCCCAAAAGAUAUUUAAAGGCAAUGUUCCCACGUUGGCGCAGACUGCAUUCACGGUAAACGCUGCGUAUGUCGGCUCAAUCGGAAAUGACCAUGACAUUUCUAUCGCUUCAGCGAGGCAGAUUGAAUAGAGCCCUAAACCAUAGAACUUCCAACCAUGAUCCACUAACAUGUCAAAUACUAGUCAAUGGAGCUGCUUGAAUUGGACUGUCUUGAUAAGUUAUCAUAAUGUUGUUGUUGAUUUAUUUGCUGUGUGGCUAGUCCAAGACUUCUAUGGUCCUUGAAAGACCCUUCAGUGGCGUGUUACUCUUUUAAUAUUUCUCAAUCCAUGUUGAUAAAGAACACACAACACCAAAGAAUGAUAUUCAGAUAUGAAUUGUGCAGCUUCUACUGAAACAAAACAAUGAUAGUGUUUCUGUUUCGGUUAAUCAAAUUUGUCACAGGCGAAGGAUGUAUCAAAAUGACAUGUAAGAAAAUGUGAAUAGCAUAGUUAUAAGGUUGUACUACGAGGCUUGGGUGAAGUCAGACACCCAGCCAGGAAGAAUGCUACAAUUUGUUAUACCAAAUAUUAUGCCAUUGCUUUUUUUAUUGCAAUCAUAUUUUUCUCCGAACUUUCUCUUAUCGCAUAAACCAACAUGCAUAUGUGCUGGCUCUUGCGCUCACUCUUUCACAGACAGACCGACUGUAGAGACACUAACUACCUCUUCUAUUCCCUAACCGUCUCUCUACAACCAAGACCCAUUUGUGUGCCUGUGUGAGUGUACCGUGUUUGUAGAUUUGUCUUUUCAUUGGUCAAUUUAUCCCUCAUUAGCCAUGUAAUAUGUAGAUGUUUUAUUUUUGGUAUGAUCAUUUUAUUUUUAAAACAAUAUAAACAUAUACAGACAAAAGACAACGUAGAUAUUCUAUGCCUAGAUUGUUUGAAGAUUGACGAAGUGAAGUCAAAUCGGUCAUUCUCCACUGAACUCUCAUUUCAAGAUUU